GCAGUUUCAAUGAAUUUACUCUGUGCGCUCUGCGGGGACAUCGCGUGAACACUUUCACUGAUCCUGUGGGAGGCUAUUUUAAAGCAAUUUUGAUUUUAGAAAUGAUGAUCAUAGUCAUACUGUCAUGUUUCACCAUAAUGGUGUCUGCGGUACCAGUCACUUCAAAUGUCCUUCCUCCUCUGCAGACACAAGGAGGAGCCACUCAGACUCAAGGGGUUCAGCCUGUUGAGGUCACAAACCAGCAGCCUGAAGCUCAGAGACCAGCCGUGCUUCCUCCCAGCGUCCAUCAACCACGCUCUGGAGUCAGCCAGCAGCCAAAUCCACAGAUCAGCCCUGAGCUCACUCCUUCACUGCAACAGUACGUGUGGCCUCCACAAGGGGGCAGCCCACUACUCAUCCCCAUGCAGCCCGGCAUCCAGGGAUCUCAGUUUGCCAAUCAGCUGACUCUGCCACAGCAGCCACUGAUUUUUCCACCCUAUGGAUACAUCCCUCUGUUCGCACCCCCCUAUAGGAAUCAGCUGAUGUCCCCAUAUGGAUACCCGAUGGUUCUUGAAGCACCUCUUCCACAAAGUCCAGCAUAUCAGCAGCAGCUCCCAAACAGUCCAGUGUUACCUGCUGAAAAUGCUGCAGGACCAGCGGCUCCUUCUGGAAAUGCACCUCAGCCAGUGCAGCAACAACAACAACAACAGACUCCCCAGAUUGUAUACAUGCUGCAGCAGCCUAUGAGCUCUCAACUCGCUCUUGGAGGUCUUAGCUCGGAGGAACUUGAGAUGGCAGCUAAGAUGAGCCAGUUGGGUGUAUAUAUGCCUACCGUCCUCACAAACCAGCCGGCAGGAGCUGUUCAGCCUGAGAUGCAGGCCGCUGCUGGACUCACGAACCCAGAGCAACAAGGCAUCGCACCAACCGUAGGGAUCUCAGCAGCUGGAGUCCAACAAGGGCAGGCUUGCUCAGGAUCACAGCUGAACGCUAACAAUGUCCCUGCAGGUUUGGAAGGAGCAGCGCAGGAGGCGGCCACCGUCCAAACACCUGUACAAGUCAAAGUGGAGCCAACGCAGGGAAACCUCAUCUGAAACUAAUACUUUACUGAUGGAAAUCUAGACACAUUACUAAUGGAAAAGGUCGACUACUAGUUUAUUAGUGGAGCUUCUUAAAUAUAUUACUAACCAUUAAUAUUUUAUUUCAUUUAUUGUUUCUUUUCUUACUAUUAAUAAUAUCUAAUAAAAAUAAAACCAAGACAGA